CUUGGCUCGUAGCAGAUUCUCACUGGAUCAGAGAGAAAGGGGUUCCCAAUUCCACGAGAGAUUGCAUGAAAAUUCACAAAGGUUUAGUCGGAUCGUGAAAGAGCAUUGCGCGGCAAAAUGGCUAAUCCACACCGGCUCUCACGCCGCGGCGGAUCUCCGGUGAUUGGCCGGUUGGCUUUCGUCACGUCGGCGGCGGUUCUCCUCUUCUUCAGCUUCUCGUUUCUCUUCGCUUCUGAGUACGAUCCGUCUGAUCUCCAUGUCUCCGGCGCCGAUUCGAAAUCAAAUGGAUUUGGAUUCACCAGGAGAUCCAUAUUGGAUGUGAAGUCGGAUCCGCUCAAGCCACGCUUGAUCCAGAUCCGGAAACAAGCUGAUGACCACCGGUCUCUGGCUCUAGCUUACGCGUCAUAUGCGCGGAAGCUUAAGCUCGAGAACUCUAAGCUCGUUAGAGUUUUUGCCGAUCUUUCAAGGAAUUACACGGAUCUGAUUAACAAGCCAUCUUAUCGUGCUCUGUAUGAUUCUGAUGGGGCUUCGAUGGAUGAGACAGUGCUUCGGAAAUUCGAGAAGGAAGUGAAGGAGCGGAUCAAAAUGACUCGGCAAGUGAUUGCCGAAGCCAAAGAGUCGUUUGAUAACCAGCUCAAGAUACAGAAGCUAAAGGACACGAUUUUUGCGGUUAACGAGCAGUUAACCAAGGCUAAGAAGCAAGGGGCUUUCUCCAGCUUGAUCGCAGCAAAAUCAAUACCGAAGAGCUUGCAUUGCCUUGCGAUGAGACUAAUGGAGGAGAGGAUUGCUCACCCGGAGAAGUACACCGAUGAAGGGAAGCCUACACCUCCAGAAUUGGAGGAUCCUAAACUUUACCAUUACGCUAUAUUUUCAGACAAUGUGAUUGCGGCGUCCGUAGUGGUGAACUCAGCCGUGAAAAAUGCCAAGGAGCCAUGGAAGCACGUGUUCCAUGUCGUGACCGAUAAGAUGAAUCUCGGGGCAAUGCAGGUUAUGUUUAAAUUGAAGGAAUAUAACGGUGCACACAUAGAGGUGAAAGCAGUCGAGGACUACAAGUUUCUAAACUCAUCGUACGUACCUGUGUUGAAGCAAUUGGAAUCUGCGAAUCUUCAGAGAUUCUAUUUCGAGAAUAAGCUCGAGAACGCCACAAAGGAUACCACGAACAUGAAGUUCAGGAACCCCAAGUACUUGUCUAUACUGAAUCACUUGAGGUUUUAUUUACCCGAGAUGUACCCGAAUCUACAUAGGAUACUGUUCUUGGACGACGAUGUGGUUGUACAGAAGGACUUGACCGGGUUGUGGGAAAUUGAUAUGGACGGGAAGGUGAAUGGAGCAGUAGAGACUUGUUUUGGCUCGUUCCAUCGGUACGCUCAAUACAUGAAUUUCUCCCACCCGUUGAUUAAAGAGAAGUUUAACCCGAAAGCGUGUGCGUGGGCAUACGGAAUGAACUUCUUUGAUUUGGAUGCUUGGAGGAGGGAGAAGUGCACUGAAGAGUAUCACUACUGGCAAAAUCUGAACGAGAACAGGACGCUGUGGAAACUGGGAACACUGCCGCCGGGGCUGAUAACGUAUUACUCGACCACGAAACCGCUGGACAAGUCGUGGCACGUGCUCGGGCUAGGAUACAACCCCAGCAUAAGCAUGGACGAGAUCCGCAACGCGGCGGUCGUACACUUCAACGGCAACAUGAAGCCGUGGCUUGACAUUGCCAUGAACCAGUUCCGUCCUCUCUGGACCAAGCACGUCGACUACGACCUCGAUUUCGUACAGCAAUGCAAUUUCGGCACGUGAUUUUACAUAUAUAUAUAUAUAUAUAUAUCGUAUUUUGACUCGGGAAGUGAAGAAUUUCGUCACGUUCCGUUGGAGGUUUAAGGAGGGAAUCACUUAGAUGCAAAGCAAGAACCGAACUGUUUCUAUUCAAUAAGAGGAGGGGGUCCAUUUCUUGUGGGGGGUUUUUAAUUAAGAUUUAUUAGGUCGUUAUUAAUUAAUUUGGAAUAGUUUUACGCAAAUUGUUCAUUUGGGAGCAAAAGUGUUGAAUAUUUUCAGUGUUACACUUUGUUAUAUAUAUAUAUAUAUAUCCAUUUGGUGCA